AUGAAGUUCCUUCGUGCCACCUUAGCUUUCUUCUCUCUUCUUUUGUUUGCUAAAACUACAGAAUCAAGAGGAGGUGCAGGAAUUGACUGGGAAUAUAUCAGGAAAGAGCAACCCCUUAUGCCAGGCCUCCUUGUUGAACAUUCUGAUUCAACACCAAAAAAAGAAGCCAACUGCCAUGAAAAUACAGGAAAACCUGUUGUUGACACUAUGGAAUUUGAACCCAGACCGUUUAUCUCAGCUUACAAUGAUGAAGAAGGCAAAGCAGAGUUCUCUGCCAAAGACUCUGAGCCAAAGUCCCAGGCUUACCCUGACAAGCAGCCACUUGAGUCAAAAGAAAAUAAGCAGUCAUUUGAUGAAGACUUUGAUCCAAGGAAAUAUAUAUUUCUUUUUACAAUGACUAAUAGAACAUCAAUACCAAUUAGUCUUUGA